AUGAAAAAUAUCGAAGGUUGUGAUUGGAGCGGAAGCAACUUUGAAUUUAGCGGACAUUUACUAAAAGACCACGAAAAACAUGUUAUUAAAGGCGAAAACAAUAUUUUUAAGGUUAAAACGUCCCUAGGGCUACGCUUCAACGUUAAGAUAUUAUCUGAUGAUUACCAAAGCUGCCUUUUAAAGACUUCAAUCGUUGAUAAUAAAUUUUAUUAUGCUUUAAAUCCACUUGAAAAAAACGAAGAAAAUGCGGAAUAUUCAGUGGCGCACAAAAGUAUUCAAACACCGAAUCAUUCAGCGUUAAAAACCGUAGGUACUCUAACCAAACUGAACGGUUUUUAUGAUGAACAAAACCUGAAUAAAAACCCCAACGCGACUGUGGUAGACAUUGACUCAUUAAAACAUCUUGCAGAUAAAGAUAAUGUUAUUUCAAACGAAUUUAACUUAAACCCUAAAGGAAUAGAUGAGGAUGUGCUGAAAUUAUUGGAAUGUCCCGUAUGUUUAAGCACAAUGAGACCUCCGAUAUAUCAGUGCAAUCGUGGACAUAGCAUUUGCAUCGUAUGUCGAAAAGAAGUAGGUGUAUGUCCUACAUGCAAUGAUAAAUGGACCAAUGUUAGAAACUUCUUUAUGGAAAAUUUUACAACCAACGUAAAAUAUCCCUGCAGGUUUAAGAAAUCCGGGUGCAAAGAAAUUGGAGUUGAAAGUCAAAUCAAGAAACAUGAAGAAAUAUGUUUGUUGAAUAGCAAUAAAUCUGUAUCCAAUAAAAUUGUCAUUAAAGAACAGACAAUUAAAUGCAUGGAAAAGGAUUUAAUAAGAGGUUGUAGAUUUGAUUGCUUUGGAUGCAAAGAGAGAGGGGUUGAAAGUGAAAUAAUUAAACAUGAGAAAUCUUGUGAGUUUUGUUAUUACAAAUGCCCAAUGUGCCCACAAUUUGUACACAAAGAUAAUAUAGUAAAACAUGUAUACAACAGCCAUGACAUUAGGGAAACUAAUACAUUACGCGUAAUUUCAAGGUUUAUCUCGCAAGUAGACUAUAUUAUAUUUGAUUCAAAUCUAUUUAAAAUAUCGUGUCAGGAUGAUGAUGGAUACAUUUAUUUUGAUGUCGAAUUGAUUUGCUCUAAUGAAGAACCCAGUAUGUAUUGUUUUGUAAUUACUUUUUCAAAAAAUACAGGAAGGCCAUUAAUAUUGGAAUCAAGUUGUUCAAAAGAAAGGAAACUGGGAUCUGAUAUAAAAGGAAAUGUGAAAAUCCCUGCUGAUGAAUACAAUUAUUUUGAUGUUUCCAUCCUAUUCGGAAUAGGCUAUUCCCAUGGCGAGAUAACAAACAAAACGAUGAAUCAGUUUACUGACAAUCUUGUGAAAGAGAAAAUAUUCCAUUGUCAGAUUUGCGAUGAACUUUGCACUUCCGAUAUUUUCCUGGUUAAAGGGAAAGGAAAUGUGUGCGGAAAAUGUUUGGAAGAAAAGUUUGGGGAAGAAAUGAAAUCAAAGGCCGAAUUAAUCAGGCCUCUAAUGUCAAUUAUGGCCAAGCUUAUGUUGCCUUGCAAAUUUCAGUCUAAAGGCUGCAAUGAGAGGGUUGAGUCUAAAAAUUAUUUCAAGCACAUUGGCAGUUGCAAUAAAAUUUCCACUAAAGAACUAACAAUUAAAAGUAUGGGAGAAGGCGAGAUGUCAAACGAAACGUUUACCGACAAUCUUUUGAGAGAGAAAAUAUUCCACUGCAAGAUUUGCGAUGAGCUUUGCACGUCCGAUAUUUUCCUGGUCAAAGGUAAAGGAAAUGUGUGUGGAAAAUGUUUGGAAGAAAAGUGCGGUGAGGACAUAAAAUCGAAGGCCGAAUUAAUCACGCCUCUAAUGUCAAUUAUGGCCAAGCUAAUGUUGCCAUGCAAAUUUCAAUCUAAAGGCUGCGAUAAGAGGGUUGAGUCUAAAAAUUAUUCCAAGCACAUUGGCAGUUGCGAUUUUAAGAUUAAACAGUGCCCUAUGAAAAAUGUGGAAGAUUGUGACUGGAGUGGAAGCAAUUUCGAAAUUAGCGGACAUUUAUUAAAAAAUCAUCAUGAUCACGUUAUUAAAGGUGAAAACAAUAUUUUUAAGGUUGAAACAUCCAUAGGGGAACCUUUUAACGUUAAGAUAUUAUCUGAUGAUUACCAAAGCUGUCUUUUAAAGACUUCAGUUGUUGAUAAUAAAUUUUAUUAUUCUUUAAAUCCACUUGAAAAAUCCGAAGAAAGUAUGGAAUAUUCGGUUGUUCACAGAAGUAUUGAAACACCAAACCCUUUAGUGAAAACCGUAGGUACUUUUACCAAACUGAAUGGUUUUUAUGAUGAACAAAACUUGAACAUAAACCCCAACGCGACUGUGGUAGACAUCGACUUGUUGAAACAUAUUGCAGACGAAAAUGAUAUGAUUUCGAACGAAUUUAAUUUGAAUCCUAAAGGACUAGAUGAGGAUAUGCUGAAAUUAUUGGAAUGUCCCAUAUGCAUGAGCACAAUGAGACCUCCAAUAUAUCAGUGCAAUCGUGGACAUAGCAUUUGCAUCAUAUGUCGAGAAGAAGUAAGUGAAUGUCCAACAUGCGAGGAUAAAUGGAGCAAUGUUAGAAACUUCUUUAUGGAACAUUUUACUACCAAUGUGAAAUAUCCCUGCAAGUUUAAGAAAUAUGGCUGCAAAGAAAUUGGAGUUGAAAGUGAAAUCAAGAAACAUGAAGAAAAUUGUUUCUUAAAUACAUUUGUUGUAGCUGCUACAGCUUUGAAAGGAAUCAAAGCUACAUUUGAAAGGAAUUAA